ACAACAGGGGUUACCAGGGGUUUGGGGAAGGGAAAUGAGGAGUUACCGAGUAAUGGACAGUUUCUGCUUGGGAUGAUUAAAAAGUUCUGGAAAUGGAUGGUGGUUAAUGGUUGUACAACAUGGUGAAUGUACUUAAUGCCACUGAAUUAUACACUUCUAAAAAGUACAUUUUAAGUUAGGUCCAUUUUGCUUCAAUUUAAAGAAAAAAACAUGGAGUGAGGGAGGAAACGCCUAGUCUUAGUUUUCCCCCAUUGCCCAGCCAGCUGUGAGGUGGUGACUCGCCGGUGUGCUAAGCGCCAGGCGGCGACAGAGGCAGCAGGAGCUCCACGAAGGAUGCUGGCUCCGCAAACCCAAGGCCCACGGCGCCGGAAGGCCACAGCGCCGGAAGGCCACAGCGCAGGCGCGACUCCGGCCUCCUUCCCGAGAGAACGGGGGACCCUCCCCGCCCUCGUCCGACGAGCGCCCGCGCCUGUUACCUGCAGCGCAGCCGGCGCGGUCCAGUGAAAGCGCCUCUUCAGCAGCCCGGAGACCUGGCAAGGAGAGAGGAAGAUGACGGCGGGACGCAGGAAUCUGCCAAACUGUUUUUCCAGAGUUGCUGUGUCAUUUAUGUUAUGUCCCCAGUGCAUGAGACAUCUGGAUCCUUUCCAGCACUUGUUCCUUCCUCCACCGAAGUCUUGGACCCCUCAAAGCCAUCCGUGUAGUUUCCCUGAAACCUGGGCUCUUGAAGACGCAUCACUGGAGCUGAUGGAUAAUGGAGACUGGGGCUAUAUGAUGACUGACCCAGUCACAUUAAAUGUAGGUGGACACUUGUAUACAACGUCUCUCACCACAUUGACGCGUUACCCGGAUUCCAUGCUUGGAGCUAUGUUUGGGGGGGACUUCCCCACAGCUCGAGACCCUCAAGGCAAUUACUUUAUUGAUCGAGAUGGACCUCUUUUCCGAUAUGUCCUCAACUUCUUAAGAACUUCAGAAUUGACCUUACCGUUGGAUUUUAAGGAAUUUGAUCUGCUUCGGAAAGAAGCAGAUUUUUACCAGAUUGAGCCCUUGAUUCAGUGUCUCAAUGAUCCUAAGCCUUUGUAUCCCAUGGAUACUUUUGAAGAAGUUGUGGAGCUGUCUAGUACUCGGAAGCUUUCUAAGUACUCCAACCCAGUGGCUGUCAUCAUAACGCAACUAACCAUCACCACUAAGGUCCAUUCCUUACUAGAAGGCAUCUCAAAUUAUUUUACCAAGUGGAAUAAGCACAUGAUGGACACCAGAGACUGCCAGGUUUCCUUUACUUUUGGACCCUGUGAUUAUCACCAGGAAGUUUCUCUUAGGGUCCACCUGAUGGAAUACAUUACAAAACAAGGUUUCACGAUCCGCAACACCCGGGUGCAUCACAUGAGUGAGCGGGCCAAUGAAAACACAGUGGAGCACAACUGGACUUUCUGUAGGCUAGCCCGGAAGACAGACGACUGAUCUCCGACCCUGCCACAGGUUCCUGGAAAGACUCUCCAGGAAAUGGAAGAUACUGAUUUUUUUUUUUAAAUCACAGUGUGAGAUAUUUUUUUUUCUUUUAAAUAGUUGUAUUUAUUUGAAGGCAGUGAGGACCAGAAGGAAGUUUUGUGCUUUGGCAGACUCCUCCAUGUUUUGUUCCCUUCCCCCUGAGUAUGCAUGUGCCUGUUCAGAGUCUCCAGAUACCUUUUUUAUAAAAAGAAGUCUGAAAAUCAUUAUGGUAUAUAAUCUACCCUUAACAGAGCUUUUCUUAUUACAGUGCUAAAAUGAUUUCUGAUAAAAUGGUCCCUAACUCAACUAGAAGGCUAAAAAUACAAGAAUGAAAGAAUAAGCAGAGUACUCAUGAUGCCUUUGAGAAAAAUCAAAACAUCAUGUAGGGUGACCUAGUUUCCAAACCAAUAAAUAAGUAGUAUUGUAAUAUUAAAGGAAAACUGUUCCAAUCAUUUAAAAGUACUUAUUAAGUACUGCUUUUUACAGUUAUGACAACUGUUUCUUUCUAUGCAUAUAAAUCAAGGAACCAAAUAUCUGUAGCCAUGGAAAUGUCUGACUAGAAAUAUUUAUAUUGAAUUCUGAAUACAAAAUGUCCCUGUGGUAGAAAACUUACUCUUUAUGCCUGGUGCAGUAUAAUUCCCAAGUGUACUGUCUACCAGAAAAAAAAAAAAAAAACUAAUAAAAAAUGAAAUAUGAAAAUUAA